AUGCUAAGGGUUAGACAAGCUGCAACAAAGACUAAGGGGAUGGCCCCUAGGUAUUUAAAUGGCGCCGAUUCCACUGCCAGGAGAACUCUUUUGGUCCCUACUAGAAAUUUUCAAACCAGUACCAUCAGAAUGAGUGUUACUUCUAAAUAUUACCCUAAUGAACCUACCAAGCCUUUGGUUAAAACUGAAUCUAUUCCAGGUCCCAUAUCAAAGAAAGAAAUUGCUGAACUAGAUAAGGUAUUUGACGCUAGACCUGCAUACUUUGUUGCUGAUUAUGAAAAAUCUCUAGGCAACUACAUUGCAGAUGUGGAUGGUAAUCUUUAUCUGGAUCUAUAUGCACAAAUUGCGUCGAUUGCACUAGGUUAUAACAAUCCUGCUUUAAUCAAGGCCGCUCAAUCUCAAGAAAUGAUCAGAGCACUGGUGGAUCGUCCUGCAUUGGCUAAUUUCCCCUCUAAGGAUUUAACUAAUUCAUUGAGCAAGCUUUUGAAAUUUGCUCCCAAGGGUCAAGAUCAUGUUUGGCCUGCACUAUCAGGUGCAGAUGCCAAUGAGUUAGCCUUUAAAGCUGCAUUCAUGUUUCGUCAGUCUCACGAGAGAGGUUAUGAUACUGAAUUUAGCAAGGAGGAAAAUGACUCUGUAAUGGAUAAUCAAGCUCCAGGUUCUCCACAGUUAUCUGUUUUAUCAUUUAGAAGAGCAUUCCAUGGUAGAUUAUUUGCUUCUGGAUCAUCCACCAAUUCUAAACCUUUACACAAAUUAGAUUUCCCAGCAUUUGAUUGGCCCCAUGCUGAAUAUCCAACCUAUAAAUUCCCACUAGAGGAAAAUGAAGCUGCUAACCGCGCAGAGGAUGAUCGUUGUCUAAAGCAAGUGGAGGAUUUGAUUGUCACUUGGAAGAAUCCAGUCGCCGCUCUUAUCGUCGAACCAAUUCAAUCUGAAGGUGGUGAUAACCAUGCAAGCAAAUAUUUCCUACAAAGUUUGAGAGACAUUACUUUAAAGCAUAACGUCGUUUACAUCAUCGAUGAGGUGCAAACAGGUGUUGGUGCAACUGGUAAAUUCUGGUGUCAUGAGUAUGCGGAUAUUCAGCCACCUGUUGACUUGGUUACAUUUUCUAAGAAAUUUCAAAGUGCUGGCUACUUUUUUCACGAUCCUAAAUUUAUCCCUAAUAAACCUUACAGACAGUUCAACACCUGGUGUGGUGAACCAGCUAGGUUGUUAAUUGCAGGUGCCAUUGGUGAUGAAAUCGUUAACAAGGGUCUUUUGGAACAAGUCCAACGUGUGGGUAAAUAUCUAUUCGGUAAAUUGGAACAGUUGCAAAAGCAGUAUCCUGACAAAUUGCAAAAUUUAAGAGGUAAAGAUAGAGGUACUUUUAUCGCCUGGGAUUUACCUACCGGGGAACAAAGAGAUUUACUACUAAAGAAAUUGAAAUUAAACGGCUGUAACGUAGGCGGUUGCUCUACAAGCUCCGUCAGAUUAAGACCUUCAUUGACAUUUGAAGAGAAGCAUGCUGAUAUCUUUGUAGAUGCCUUGACUAAAUCAAUUAAGGAAUUGUGA